AUGUACAACCGAUCGGAGGCUAUGAAUCGGCGUGCACUGGAGGGUCGCGAGAAGAUUCUUGGUCCAGUCCACCCAGACACCCUAAUAAGCAUCAGCAGCCUGGCUGCUGUGCUGCAACAUCAGCAAAAGUACAACGAAUCAGAGGCAAUGAAUAGGCGUGCACUCGAGGGGUAUGAGAAGACUCUUGGGCCAGACCAUCCCACCACCUUGGGAAGUGCCAACAACCUUGCUAUUGUGCUUCAAUACCAACGAAAGCACAGCGAAUCAGAGACGGUGAAUCGGCGUAUACUAGCGGGGUAUGAGAAAAUUCUGGGACCGGACCAUCCCAACACCCUGUCCAGUGCCAACAAUCUAGCUGCUGUGCUUCGGUGCCAAGGAAGGUACGACGAAUCAGAGGAGAUGAAUCGGCGUAUAUUAGAG